UACACGUACCUUCUGAAGGGGCGCGAGGACCUGCGCAUGGAUGAGCGGCUGAUGCAGGUGCUACGAGCCAUUAACUCGAUGCUCCAAGCGGACCCCUCAGCCGCCGCACGCGGCCUCGCGACAGUGCGCUGCUACAGUGUUACCCCUCUGGGGCCCCGCGCAGGGCUCAUUCAGUGGGUGCCUAGCACCACUUCAUUGUUCGCUGUGUUUCGACAGUGGCAGGCAGCCACCCUGGAGCGCCACGGCGCGAUGGAACGCGGUCUUUCCAGUGCCACACCCCGUCGCAACUGGCCGGCUGACUUACUGCGUGCCGUUUUCGCAAGCCUGGCCGCAGUCGCGCCGCGCCAGCUGCUGGCGCGCGUGCUGUGGGCAGGUGGCGGCUCUGCGGCCCUCUCGUGGCGGAGACUGCAACGUUACAGCCGCUCUUUGGCGGUCAUGAGCUGCGUGGGCCACUUGCUGGGGCUGGGCGACCGCCAUCCGGACAAUAUCCUGCUGGAGGGACGUGAAGCCGGCGUGGUGCACAUCGACUACAACGUAUGUUGGGAUAAGGGCGCCAAGCUGCGGGUUCCGGAGGUGGUGCCGUUCAGGUUGACCCAGAUGCUCAGCACCGCCCUCGGUGUUGGCGGCUUGGAGGGCGUCUUCCGAGCCGCCUGCGAGACAACGUUCGCGUGCCUGCGCCGACGUCGGGAGGCGUUGGUGGGCCUGGCUGAUGCGGUGCUCAGCGAUCCGGGGGUCGAUUGG